AUGGGGUACAAUAGGGGGUUUAUAUUUAGCACAGCUGUUGCUCUGUUGACGGUACUAGUUGCAAUUUAUUAUAGAAGAACGUUUGCGCCGGAAAACAUUGUUCAGGAGCGGUUGCGAACUUUAAUUUAUGAAUUAGAGAAAUUGGAGAACAGUCAUUCGAUCACAUCGAGACUGAAAGUUGCGGUAGGUUAUGGUGUGUGCACUGACGUUUUCGUGAAAGCUGAACAUCUGCUGAAAUACACCGAGGAUGUCGGACAGCCGGAACAUUUCAAAAAAAUUACUACAGAAUUGGAACUUUUGAAGAAUUUCGCUUAUUACUUUCGACAUGGAGCCGCCGCGGAGAGAUACAUGCCGAAUGAGACGUUGUUCAACGAACUCGUCGCUAAAGCUCGCUCGUAUCCGUCCUCGUAUUCCACCAUCGGCGGGAAUGCGGCGAUCAUGGCAAUGCGGUUCGCCAAAGAAGGGUGCGAUGUUACUCUUGCCGCGAAGCUAACGAAAUCUAUGUAUCAGAUGAUGCCGCAGGUCAUUAAUAUCGUUGGAGGAGAAGUGAAGCAAGAUGAUAUUCACUUAAUCAUGGAAUAUAAACGUGGAGACGUUUGGGGUCCUUACUCCAGUGUCAGAGCAAAUAGGUACAUAAUACACAGCGACACCAGCAAUCCGAUGAUAAGAUCUUUGGAUCCAUUCGACGAAUUCUUGUCUGUGACUGAGCCUAAUUUGAUUGUUGUAAGCGGCCUACAGAUGAUGGAUAACUAUCCCUUCUUAGAAGGUGAGCGUCAGAAGCUCCUGCUUAAAGUGAAGAAACAACUGUUGGAACGACCACUGUCUACGAAGAUUCACUUUGAAAUGGCUUCGAUCGUAGAGAAUGAAUUCUUUUACGAAUUAAUCGAAUCUGUCCUACCGUAUGUGGAUAGUUUAGGGGUGAACGAACAGGAGAUAGCCAGCCUAAAAGAGUUUGUUGUGGGUGGCCUUUCUAAUGUAGCUGAUUCCAUGCCAAAUGUUACGGUGGUUUUAGAUCAGAUGCGAAUGGUAUUCGAGUUGAUACGCUUGAAGAAUAUAGUGAACUCGAGUCCUCGGAAACUCUCGCGAAUACAUGUGCACUCUUUAGCGUAUCAAGUUAUAUUUAUAGAGAAAGGUUCCGAGUGGAAGAACACAAUGGCUGCGGCGGCAAAGGCAUCUUUGACCGCCCACAGACACGUGUGCGCGACGAAUCACGUCGAUGUCAAGAAAGCUGCUUUGAUGCUAGACGACAGGUUCUUAACAUCCGUCAAGGAUGGUACUGAAAUAUCACUGGACAUUAAUAAACCAGUUUCAUGCUGGGACGAAGUGCUGAGUGGGGUGAUCGAAAAAAUUCCCAUUCAGAUAUGCGUCGCACCUGGCCUGGUUUGCACCGAGACUGCCCAAACUGCCGGUGGCGGUGAUAAUAUUUCAAGCGCAGGCCUCGUAUUGCAAGUCUAAACCGUUUGCACUAUUUCGUAAACAAUUGAACGACAUCGAGAUACUUAUACUGUUUCUGCUUCGGCACUGGGAUAGCGAAAUUAGAUUUCAUCAUAUCUGUGUUACGAGAGAUUAGAUAAACUUCACUUACACAAGUGAACACCUUUUUUUAAGAUUUUCUAAACGAUGACACGUUUUGAUAUAUUGUACUCUACAUUGUACUGGAGCAAGUUGAAACCUAGUGAAUUUUGAAAUUAGCAUCGACGCGAAUGCUAAGCGAAUCGUAAUAUUAAGUAAAUCGGAAAUGAGUGGAAAGCACGUUGUUCCCAUUUUAUAGUUUCCUGAGUAACUAGAGUGACGAUUGGGACCGUGCAAGACACUCGGCACUUUUUAAAGAAGUGACGACACA